GGCACUCUCGAGCCGCCGCGCGCCGCCCUCAUGCGCUCACUUUUCAUUUCUCCACGAUGCUGGCAACCAAGACACUGCAGACGAUCGGACUGACGCGUGCCAUCGCGAGCCGCGGCCUGCGCUUCGCGAGCUCCGCUUCGACCACCGAGACGCCGUACUACGACGUGGUCGUCGCGGGCGGAGGCGUCAUGGGCUUCUCGACCGCCUACCACCUGGCCAUCGCCGCCCCCAAGCUCAAGAUCGCCGUGGUGGAGAAAGACCCAUGCUACAAGUACGCGUCGGCAAUUCUGUCGGCCGGUGGCAUCCGCCACCAGUUCUCGGAGAAGGAGAACAUCGUGAUGAGCCUCUACGGCACCGAGUUCCUGCGCAACAUCGGCACCAACAUGAAGGUGGACGGCCACGAUGCGCCCGAUGUCCAGUUCGUCGAAGGCGGCUACAUGUUCCUGGCCAGCGAGCGUGGCGUGAAUGUUCUCCAGCAGAACUACGCGACGCAGAAGGCGGCGGGUGCCGACGUUCAGCUGCUGGACCCGGUGGCGCUGAAGAAGCGCUUUCCCUGGAUCAACACGGAGGGCGUCGAGCAAGCCAUCUUGGGCAUCAAGGACCAGGGAUGGUUCGACCCCUGGGCAUUCCUCAAUGCUAUGAAGCGCAAGAGCGUGUCUCUAGGUGUCGACGUGCUGGAGGGCGAGGUGAAGAACUUUGAUCUCGGCGGCCAGAACAAGAUUGAGAAGGUCCACAUUGAGACGAAGAACGCGCUGGAAUGCGGCGGUAUGCGCAUUGAUUCGGUGCGUGCGGGUGUCGUGGUGAACGCUGCGGGGUGCUGGUCCAGCAAACUGUUGGAGGCGUGCGGCAGCUUCGACUACCCCGUGAAGCCUCGCAAGCGCUCGAUGUUCGCCUUCCACUGCUCCGCCGAGGAUAUUUGGAAGGGCGACGCGGCGACGCCCCUCGUGGUGGACCCGAACGGAGUGUACUUCCGACGCGAAGGCUCUGGCGGUCGCUUUGUGUGCGGCUGGUCACCAGAGCCUGAGGACGACUACGACGGACAGUCUACCGACGAGCUCGACUUCCCGGACCACGACCACUUCGAGGAGCAGAUCUGGCCCACGAUCGCACACCGUGUCAAGGACUUUGAGGCCAUCAAGGUUCUGAGCGCUUGGGCUGGAUACUACGACUACAACACCCUCGACCAGAACGCCAUCAUCGGCCUUCACCCCGACGUGCCGAACAUGUACCUGGUCAACGGAUUCAGUGGUCACGGCCUGCAGCAGUCGCCUGCCGCUGGUCGCGCCAUCUCGGAGCUCAUUGUGGACGGAGAGUUCAAGACCAUCGACUGCUCGCGCUUCAGCUUCGACCGCGUGCGAGCCAACGAGCCGUUCCUCGAGCAGGGGAUCGUGUAG